AUGGCCUUCAGGACGCAGCUUGCGCAGUCAGGUACUCGCUUGACGGCCGACUCAGUCGGUCACGUCGCGAGCGCCUUUAUGGGCCAGUGGGACGCCGGCGAGGAACAUGUGAUCGAGCAGCACAGUUGCAGAAGCGCCUCUUCAGGUGCUUGUGUGCCUGUGCUGGAUCUUUCGCACAACGCAUUAGAGGAUGCUGGAGUGGAGGCUAUCGCCCAAACUGUUGUGAGGAGCGUUUGCCUUCGCCUGCGAAAUGUCGGAUGCACGAAAGAUGGCCUGCAAAAGCUCUUGAAAUGCCAUGAAUGGAUCGUGGAGCUCGACGUGGGCAGAAAUCCGAUAGGUGUGGUGGAUGUCACUGCGCUCUUUUCCGUUGUCAAAAGUUCGAAAAAGUGGGAGGUUCUCAACAUCUCCAGACUGGCUGUGCUUGCAGGCUUCGAGUAUACUGCAAAUCUGGUCACGCCAGAGAUGGUGGAGUGCCUCCGGAAAGCUCCAGGAUUGAAAGAUGUGGACUGCAGUGAGAAUCGACUCGAUGAUGAUCGUGCAAAAAUCAUUGUCGAGGCUGUGAAGGACUCUGAGACAGAUCGCUUGCAGCGCUUGGCGAUGAACGAGUCAGGGUGUGGAAUUUUGACAGCAGAAGCUCUGAAGGCGGUGCUCAGCCAAAGAGCCAUGCUGAGUGGAAGGGUCCCCUACGGCAGCAGCCGAUGUACAGCCUUGCGGAUCCUUGAACUCAGAGGCAACAAGCUCCAUGACGACUGCAUGAAGAUUUUUUCGCAGGGUCUGGGAGACAGCAUCUCGUUGGAGAAGCUGAUCCUAGCAGGGUAUGUUGCUGAAGUGGCGGUUAACAUCCUGCACUUCGAAUUCGGGGUGGAAAACUGGGAUGUGCUGGACUGGCGGCAGCAGCCGCGGCGCCCGUUCAAGAGAUCCUUCAUCCCCUUUGAUCCGGAUGCGGUGGAGACUUCUGGAGGCACUGACAAGGAACGUUUGCAGCUUCAAUGCCUCUACCUGUGUGCCAUGGCUGAAAUCGCUCGUGCGCACGACAGUGACUUGGACACAUCGCCAAGCAAUCUUCACGGAGUACUGAACAUUGUCCAGACGAACCCCAUCUUGUCUCUUCUGCUGGUGUGCUUCGUGCCGCUGGGUUUUGCUUCCCAUGCGCUGGGGUUUCAACCAUCCUAUGUCUUCGGAUGCAACUUCAUGGCCAUUAUUCCGCUCGCUUGGAUCAUCGGCAAGUCCACCGAGGAUUUGUCCGCCUCCGUCGGUCAGACGAUGGGCGGACUGCUAAAUGCCUCGUUUGGAAACCUGGUUGAGAUGCUUCUAGUUAUCGCGGGCAUUCGAAGGAACCAGGUCGUCGUUGUUCAGUGCACUCUUUUGGGCUCAAUUCUCAGCAACUUGCUGUUGGUAAUGGGAUGUGCCUUUCUCCUCGGCGGAUGGUUCUAUGCGACGCAAAAAUACUCUCAGCAAGGUGCUUCAACUCAGUGCACUCUGCUGGCACUGAGUGUCUUCUCAAUAGCUCUCCCAACGCUGUAUGCGAAGAUUCUGGAGGAAACUCAAGAGUUCGAGCACAUGCUGCAGGUAUCUCGCUGGUCCUCUGUGUUUCUCCUGGUCACGUAUGCCGCGUACCUGUAUUUUCAGCUCGGAACUCACCAAGCACUCUUUGAAGACCUUUCUGGCGAGGAGGAAGAGGAAGUGCCGGAUCUGACACCGGGUUUCGCGGCUGUCGUGCUGGCGGUGGCAACCGUAGUGACAUCAUACUCGACGGAUUUCUUAAUCGAUUCUAUCGAAGGUACCGUGGAAAAGUAUGACCUCUCUCAGGAGUUCAUUGGAAUUAUAUUGCUUCCCAUUAUUGGGAAUGCUGCGGAGCACUACACGGCCAUCACGGUGGCCAUGCGGAACAAGAUGGACCUUGCCCUUGGAGUUGCAGCAGGGUCCUCGUGCCAGAUGGCCCUUUUGGUAACCCCUUUCAGCGUGCUGGUAGGAUGGGCGUUCGAUAGGGAAAUGUCGUUGGAUUUCCACUCCUUUCAGGUUGCUGUGCUCUUCAUUUCAGUUUUCCUGGCUUCAAGCAUUCUCAGCAAUGGCACAUCGAAUUGGCUGGAGGGGCUGAUGCUGUUAGUCACGUACAUCGUCUUAGCACUGAUCUAUUUCUUUGAGGGAGCUGGCAAAGGUCACUCUCUUGCUGUGUUGGAUUGA